AUGAAUUUGUACAUUGGACCAUUCGAGGCUUGUAGACGCCUUGUGCCAUAUACGGUGAAAGCUGCAAGACAAAUUGACGAGUAUAUCAUCGAAUGUGACUUUGAUCAUUAUUAUACUUGUCCGCGAAAUUAUCUUCAAUUAUAUGACAAAUGCUAUUUGAUACCGGAAAAUGCAACAAAUUAUUAUGGAAUCAACAAAACGUGUGGAGAAAAUUUCAAAUUGGCGAAACUCGACAGAAUCGAUCUGAUUGGAAUUGUUGAGAGAGUAUUCAGACCAUCGACUUCAGUUUGGAUGGAUUUUCUCACGAAUUAUGAGGGAAUUUACUCUGAAAAUAUUCAUAAAUCUGAUGAUCUCCGAGAUGACGAUGAAUAUUUCGAUUGGAGGGAACAAUUUAAUGGGAAAUUUGGGUAUAUCAAACCACUUGAUAUCAAAGAUGACAAUAUUCUAUUUAUAUGCGAAAAACCAUACAAAGAUUCAUAUUCUGCUGUUAAUGGAGAUGUUGGAAGAUACUCCGAGAUAUUCUUUAAUGAAUACGCACUACCGAAUAAUGAAGUUUAUCCGACAUUUGGAAAAUAUGGAGGUUCGAAUUAUCUGAGUGGAAUAACUCCAGAAGAGGACAGAGUGUGCAAAAAAUUGAUGGAUUCAUUUUCUGAUUUCGGACAUCAUCAGUUCAUUAAAUUCAACGAGGAUCAUUCUUUGAAACUCUCAAUUCCUUCCAAUUAUCUCUCACAAACCAAAUAUGUUCACACCGGAAUUAAAGAAGCAAAUCCAAUCCGUUCAUGUGAUGAAAUCGAAAAGGAAGAGAUUUGUAAUGCGAGAAGGAAUAUGACGGCAUCGAAAAUAAUAAUAGCGGAUAAAGGAAAUUGGCAAUUAACAUCGGCUCCUUUCGGCCAACGAUCUCCAAUGUAUUGCCAGUCACGUAAGAAUCCCAGAAAGAAGAAAUCGUAA